AUGGCGGAAUUCGUGCGUGCCCAGAUUUUCGGCACCACUUUCGAGAUCACCAGCCGGUAUACGGAACUGCAGCCGGUGGGAAUGGGUGCCUUCGGGCUGGUCUGCUCCGCGAGAGACCAAUUGACUGCGCAGCCCGUCGCUGUUAAGAAGAUCAUGAAGCCUUUCAGCACCCCCGUUCUGUCCAAGCGAACCUACCGGGAGCUGAAGCUCCUCAAACAUCUCCGUCACGAGAAUAUUAUUAGCUUGAGUGAUAUUUUCAUUUCGCCUUUAGAAGAUAUCUAUUUCGUCACCGAGCUUCUGGGAACCGAUCUCCACCGACUUCUCACCUCGCGACCCCUUGAAAAACAAUUCAUUCAGUACUUCUUAUACCAAAUUCUGCGCGGCUUGAAAUAUGUUCAUUCCGCCGGGGUGGUCCACCGGGACUUGAAACCAAGCAACAUCUUGAUUAAUGAAAAUUGCGAUCUGAAAAUCUGCGAUUUCGGUCUUGCCCGUAUUCAGGAUCCCCAGAUGACCGGUUAUGUCUCGACGCGAUACUACCGCGCACCUGAAAUCAUGCUUACCUGGCAAAAGUACGAUGUUGAGGUGGAUAUCUGGAGUGCGGGCUGCAUCUUCGCUGAAAUGUUGGAAGGAAAGCCGCUCUUCCCCGGAAAAGACCAUGUCAACCAGUUCUCGAUUAUUACGGAGCUGCUUGGUACUCCCCGGAUGAUCGAGAAUACUCUCCGAUUCGUCAAGUCCUUGCCAAAGCGCGAACGUCAGCCCCUCGCCAAUAAAUUCAAGAAUGCCGAUGCCGAUGCGGUUGACCUGCUCGAGCGGAUGUUGGUCUUCAACCCCAAGCAACGUAUCCAAGCCCCCGAAGCAUUAGCGCAUGAGUAUCUGGCACCAUACCAUGACCCGACCGAUGAGCCUGUCGCACAAGAGAAAUUCGAUUGGUCGUUCAAUGAUGCCGAUUUGCCCGUUGAUACCUGGAAGAUUAUGAUGUACUCCGAGAUUCUCGACUUCCACAAUAUUGAACAAGGUAACGAAGCAGGCCAAGCUUUAGUACAGGGUGCAGUGCAGGGUGAUGCUGCUGGACAGGCGUUCUCUUAA